UCGGCCAAUAACGCGAGAUGAGCGCUGAAACCCCAGAGUCGGUCACGACUGGACCUAAUGGUCAGGGGUCCCUUUACCUUUACCUUGGCUCACUGCAAGAAUGACCAGACAAAGUCAGUUUGACUUGAGUCGAUUGAAUUGAUUCGGCUGCAGAGCUGUCCACGGAAGGGUGUUUCCUUAUCUUAAAAUAGCACAAGCUGUCCAAAGUAGAGAGUGUCAAGCCGUGUUUACAUUGCUGACUAUAAGGGGGAGGGAGUUUCUCAGAAGCGCUCUCCUUUCGUUUUCUUUUUACAUGCACCGGCAAAACAACAUGGUCAAGAAACUUGUUCUCUGCCUCGUAACCCUGUGUCUGGGAAAAGAAGGUACUUUGAGAAGCUUGCACCUCAAUAAAGAUUAUUAAAGCCUUUUUAAAAAAAAACCCACAAAUUAAAAACAUUAAUUCAUAAACUAUUGGAUGCGGCCUGCACAGUAAAUUCCUUUUCUUAUUUGGCUAUGCAACUAUCACCGGAACAACAUGGUGGUUCUUUCCUUCCCUCAAACGACUACGUUAGGCAUUUGAUUUUAUUACUCCUGGACCACUGCAUGAGGAUGUUUCUAUGCCUAUGAUGCCCAGAGCACAUAAGAAACCUGGGCCAGUGAAAAGUAUUUUUAAGCGGAAUGUUAUCGGGUGUCAGAAUGACACACAAUAUCCAUUUCAAGGUCGUUGCUGUGAUAGUUGUAAGCCCGGUUCCUUUGCUAAACGGAAAGGUUGCACAAAGGACAACCGUACAACUUCUUGUGAAAAAUGCAUAGAUGGGGAAGAGUAUAUGGAUAACUACAAUUAUCACCCUAAAUGCCUGCGAUGUAGUCACUGUGACUCUGAACAUGGUUUUGAAGUUGAAAAGAAUUGUACCAUCCACCAGAACGUAAAAUGUAGAUGUAAGUCUGGCUACUUCUGCAAUUCUUCUGAACCAUGCCGCCACUGUGCUCCAUGUGAUGAGUGUAAAGGUGGUAAAAUUCUAGAAAGUUGCACCCAAACCAAUAACACCAGAUGUGACAGAACAGAGAUUGUGCAAGAUAAAAAAGCUGAAAUCAUUGCACCCGUUGUAGUCGUUCUGGGGAUUUCCAUUACAGGUAUUGGGAUAAUGUGUUAUGUGUGCAAAAAGAAGAAAACCGCAAAGUACAACGUCAAAGAGCCGCCAAACGGAAUGGAAAUGGAGCCUCUUCAUUAUCCAGAUCUCGAUCUGUUGCCUCACAUUCCUGUUAUUGCAGAGGAGAUGUUGCUGUCACAGGUCAUGUCUUUUGUUCGGAGACUGAAUAUGACGCCAAAUCGCAUAGACGUGAUCAUGAAUGAUAAUCCAAAUAAUGCUGCUGAGCAGAAAAUAAAGCUGUUAGAAUGUUGGUACCAAGAACAUGGGACAAAAGAUGCUUACAAGACAUUGAUCACCACACUGAAAGACCUUCGCUUAUGUGCCACUGCUGAUAAGAUUCAAGAAAAAAUAGAUGGUGCAAGAAAAUAGCAAUCAGGCUCCUUCCUGAUCACUGGUUUAUAUACCUUCUGUUGAUCUUCUGCUCACUUCAUGCUUUCAUUGGUGUCAUCAAAUAGCAGAUUGGCUACAAAGUAUAUUAGUUCAUUCUGUUCUCUUAAUCCAAUGAGGUUUCUCAGUGAGGGGUGUAUGAGGAUCUAAAGGGAAGGAAGGUAUGAGUGCUUCCAUGAUUUUUAAAUUCUUUAGAAGUUCAAAUGAAAUAAAGGAGCCUCGUUUGAAGAGGAGCAUGAGAUUGUAUAGCAGAGAAAAGGAGGCAUGGAUUAAAAAAAGACUGAGAAACAUUGAGUUAAUUCUUCAUCGAAUGCGAUCACACUAAUUCAGGAAAAUAAAACAAAUAUUCAUGAAAUCUUUCUUUUGCUGGGGGAAAAAGAAAAUUGAUUUGUCAACCCAAAAUUCAAAAUUCGGGAAUAUUCAGCACAGCUCUCUUUCUAAAGUGCUGAAAUGAUACAGCUUGCAGACCAGCACUGUUUAUGUGUUGGUUGAUCACUGCAGGAGUGGGUCUUUUCAGUGGUGGCACCUUGGCUGUGUAAUGCCCUGCCCAGACAGGCUUGGCUGGUUGGUGCCUGCCUUGGGGUGAACUUAGUGCUAGUCAAAAACCUUAUUAUUGUUAUUUUCUAGACCCUUUUAAUCUGUUCUAGCUUUAAGCUACUUUUGCUUUAUGUGACUGCACUAAUACUUCUUUAUUUUUAUUGUUAUCGAAUUUCACAUGGUUUUAUUUCUCCUUGCAAGUCACUUGAGAAUGCUGUUGCAGCCUAUAAAAUCUGUUCAGACUGUAAAUAUGUAAAUGAACAAUUUAUUACAAAAGCUAUCACAAUUCUCCGGUAUUCUCUCCUCAUGAAAAGAUGGAUCCUAUAUAAAUUGCCUGUGAAAUUUCUUACCAUUUGUCAUGGGGGUGUCAGAGAACGCACCUGAGCCAAGGCAGGGGGGAGAGCAUAGUGAACAGGAAAUGCAGGAAGAGACAGAAGAGGGAGGGGGGGGCAAGCGGAAGGAACUCAGUCGGAGAGGACGCUCCUUGAUGCUUGCCAGGAGCAUCAACACCACUCCAGUUCCGGCACCGAGGUAGAAGGAAUGCCUGUUCGCUCAGCGCAGGAACGGAGAGGGUUAAAAUGCAGAGAGCAGAGGAGGCGCUUGGGUCUUCCCAAGCUUUUAUGCUAGAGGAGGAGUCAUAAAUCUCCACUCCCGAAAUCAGCUACCGAGGAUUCAGACGCAUGGGAUUAUGCCCUGUACUUUGUAAAUAUGUACAGUACAUGAAUAAAGACUGCAAAUAUAUAUUGGAGUGAGCCGAGGUAUUUCUUGUGAAGGCUUCCAGACCCAGUACACCAUUCAAAGAAUACUAUGAUUUGUUCCACCACCUUCAUCUGAAACCCACCUACAUUCUGAACAUGCUCCAAAGGCCAAUUAGGCUUGGCAACAGAGAUGUUUGAAUGCAACUCACCCUUUUUUACAUGUUUGCAAGUAACAGCUGGGUGUGUGUGGUCCAUAUUAGGACAUGAUGCAAGAAGACUGAUGCUUUGCUGCUGUGCUAUUUUCCAAAAUGCAAAUUGCAACCCCCCAAGUAUAUUUUUCCCCAUUAAGAGGAGAGCAAGUGAGAGAGCGAGAGAUAUACAUACAGGAUAUACAAUUUUUUUUCCUAACAGGGGAAAUAGUAUGUUUUACCCUAGCGUAUGCAUUUUUGUACCCAUUAUAUGGCUGGAGAACUGCAAUGCAAAAUUUGGAGAAGCAUGCAUUUUGAAUGAGGUCUGCAUGUUUUGGUUCGCUGAUUGUUUUGGAAAGUGCAAAUGCUAACUGAAUCUAAUUUCUCCCCCAUCCCUACUAUGGGGCCAAACAAAAGUUCCCUGCCACUACUUUCUAGAAAUGGCCCUGUGGAUGGGGGUCUCUAACUCCCAACCUACAGGGUCUAAGACUGGAUGUUUUGGGUCAAGCAGAAGGAAGGAAAUGGGGAGAAGGAGAAAAUGACUCAAACAUUUCAGGAGCCAGGCCAAGCUCUCCUGCUCACAAAGUGCACAGAGCUUGCAUUUCCGUUUUUUGGCAAACUUUAGAUGAAAAUGGAAUUUCCCCAGCAGCUGUGGCUAUUCAAACCUUUCUUCUCUUCUUCUUUAUUUUUAUUUUAAGAAAAGCACCUCAGGAAUGAGUCAUUCCCUCCCAAGAGAAAUGUGUGGGCCUGGCCUAUAUAUUAAAAGAGGGCUGUAACAGUGGUUUCAACCUUUCCUCCAUAAUCCAAGAGGCAAAAGUCAUUCCAAUUCCCCACCCCACCCCAAAAAAACACCCAAAGGGGGAAGGAAGAGAAAUUAAAACAUUUGCACAAAUAAUAGCAAAGCAUGUGCUUAUUAGGAGAAAGUCACACCCAAACACUGAUGAUGAGGAUUUUAAAAAAGAAAUUUAUCACAAAUUGCUAUAAAAAUGUGGAGAGCCAAAUUUGACAUUGGCAAGAUGAGAAACAGAACAAACAUUGACAGGUCCUUCCAUGGCUUUUGAGACUAUUCUCAGUGAAACCAGCAGGGCUUACAUCUAAGCAGACCCCAUCAACUUGGGGAGUCUGCGAUAGCCAUGGUGAAAGUUGAAGCAGGGCUGUCUUUUAUUUCAGAUGCAUUAAAUCUGAACUCUUUUUCCAUAUUGGCUUCACUGACUGCUAAUCUGUGGUCUCUGAGAGUAAGGUUACCAGAUUUUUUUCAAUGAAUCUGGAGACACUUUGAUUGAUUGAUUGAUUACUACACAUUCGGGACAUUGAUGCUGCAGCGAUGGUGAUGGCAGAGGGGUGACCACCGCCUUGACCUCAACUGCCAUGUUUCCCCUUCCUCUGAGGCUUCUAUCUCCUUUCUCCAUGAGCCUAGGCAGCC